AUGACACGAGAACAGUACAUAUUGGCAACACAGCAGAAUCACCUGCCCCGAACGGAGAAUCCUCAAUUUUAUCCAGUUGGAAUUUAUGGAUGGAGGAAGAGGUGCUUAUACUUUUUUGUCCUCCUGCUUCUGGUUACUGCAAUUGUUAACUUAGCCAUGACGAUAUGGAUAUUGAAAGUGAUGAAUUUCACUGUGGAUGGGAUGGGAAAUCUGAGAGUCACCAAGGAAGGAAUCCGACUUGAAGGUAUAUCUGAAUUUCUACUUCCAUUGUAUGUGAAAGAAAUCCAUUCCCGAAAGGACAGUCCACUGGUCUUACAGUCUGACAGAAAUGUUACGCUGAAUGCCCGGAAUGCCCUGGGGCAACUCACUGGCCAGCUGACUGUAGGAGCAGAUGCUGUGGAAGCUCGGUGUAAAAAGUUUGAAGUGCGUGCAAGUGAAGGUGGCAGGGUCCUGUUUUCGGCCAAUGAAGAAGAGAUCGCCAUUGGGGCUGACCGACUGAAAGUGACAGGCACAGAAGGAGCGGUGUUUGGACACUCUGUGGAAACACCUCAUAUCAGAGCAGAACCUUCCCAAGACCUCAAGCUUGAAUCUCCAACUAGGUCUUUGAUCAUGGAAGCACCCAGAGGCGUCCAAGUGAGUGCAGCUGCGGGAGACUUCAAGGCCACUUGCAGGAAAGAACUUCACUUACAAUCCACAGAGGGGGAGAUCUUUUUAAAUGCAGACACCAUUCGUCUGGGAAAUCUGCCUGUGGGCUCCUUUUCAGCUGCCCCACCAAGCUCCCCAGCUCCUCAACAGACUGUGUAUGAGCUCUGUGCCUGUCCCAAUGGCAAACUGUACCUUUCCCCAGCUGGAGCAGGCUCCACAUGUCACUCCAGCAGCAGCAUUUGCUUGUGGCACUGA